AUGACCACCAUCCUUCAGCGCUGCCUCCGCCCACCUUUGACAACAGCACCGGCCACCUCAUGUCGUCUAAUUGGCGUUGUCGGAGGUGGGCAGAGAUGGAGGCGGCAGCAGCACUGGUGGAUGAUAGUCAUUGAGAUUAACAAGGCUGCGGCGGAGGUGGCAUUGCCGGAGCUUUCGAGUUUGGGAUUCAUGGGUUCCAGAGUUACAACAUGCUUCUUUGUUUUCAUGAUCUUUCUGUUACUGGCGUUGCCCUCACCACCUCACCCCCGCUUGAGAUCACCAAAAGUCCCCCAUCGCCCACCGUACCAUUCUCACCCACCAUCCCAACCGCAGCAUGGCAAAGAGCGAUGUAAAGURUCACCACCGACCAACAACUCGCCAGUGCCGCCAGUUAUUGUCCCGUUGAUCAUCAUCAUUUAUCCCCCAGUUAUUACUCCACCGGUAACCAAUCCUCCUGUAACCAUUCCACCUCCGUCAUCCACGUACCCGCCUUACACUAGUAACCCUCCUUCAAGAGGUAGCAGUGGUGGUGGUGGUCUUACACCACCUUCUGGAGGUGGAAGUGGACUUCCAAGGGCAAAUCCUCCACCUUCAACCAGUUUGACAUGCCCAAUCAACGCGCUGAAACUAGGGUUGUGCUUGGAUGUUCUUAGCGGGUUGGUGCAUGUUGGAUUAGGGAACCUAGUGGAAAAUGCUUGUUGUUCAGUGCUUGGAGAUUUGCUAGAGAUUGAAGCAGUUGUUUGCCUCUGCAAUGGUAUAAGGCUUAGGGAUUAUAGCUGA